GAGCACACUGUCUGCCUAUAAUUUAUAAACAUAACCUUUCUAUUGGUUUUCCAGGCAGCAGUUGUUUAUUUCUCUCUCUAAUAUUAUUUAAUUAUAUCAAUUACGGUGAUAUAUUCAUCUAAACGGAGUAUUAAUUCGAAACGAAAAUAUUGAAUAAAAUGAAGAAAGGCAAGAAAUUCAUACGGAGAAAGAAAGACUCCUUCAAGCCUACCACAAAAAAGAAAAGAAAAGCAGCAGAAGAAAAGAUUGUUAACAAGAAAGCAAUUUUCAACAGAUAUAAGAAUGCCCAAAAGAUUGCCGAAGAAUUGGAAAAGAAGAAGAAAAUGGAGGAGAAACUCCAGCAGAGACAAACGUAUUCUGAGAGUGAAGAGGAAGAAGACGCUUACGAUCAAUUAGUGUCCUGUUUUAGUAACAGGAAUAAAAGGACUGUGGUUGAAAGUGACGAUGAAAGUUCUAACAGUAGUGAGGAAAUGUUGGAUAUUAACGAAGGCGAACCAGAUGGAACUGAUAGUGGUGAUCAAGGAAGCAUUGACGAGGAAGGUAGUGACACUGAUGAUGACAUUGUGGUGCCCAUGGUUGACCACGAUAAACAACCUGAAGAAGAUGUUCAUGAUGAUCCUUUCACCAAACAUGUACAAUAUGACCUAGGAGAUGAAUUACUAGUUUCCCUUAAUAAUAAACCACCUUCUGUAGAGACUACAACCAAAACUUGGCCAGUAUUAGGAAACUUAACUGUUCAUAUACCACAGCCCGUAGUGACAUUAUCCAAAAAGGUUAAGCCAAAAGUUUCUAUAUUAGAAGAAAAGACAUAUGCUCCAACAGGGUCAGUGCCAACCCUAGCAAGUAAAGUAGAUUUCCAGCAGUUACAUAUUAAAUCUCAAAUACAAGGCCAUAUAGUGUCAGCUAAUAAAAGUAAUUUAAUCAGAAGGGAUUUAGAGCUGACAGAAGUGUUUACACCACUGCAGAAGGAACUAUUCUCUAUUUUUAAUAACUAUCAAGAUCUUUACUACCCAGAGAGGUCUUUCACCAAUGCAGAAGAAAUUCGAUAUGCAUACUGUCUUCAUAUAGUAAACCACAUGUUGAAAACUAGAACAAAGAUCCUCCACCACAAUGCUAAACUGGCCAAGAAGAAUGACUUGUCUGAUGAAUACAGAGAUCAAGGAUUAGUAAGGCCUAAGGUUUUAAUAAUGGUUCCUUUCAAAGAUGCUGCAUAUAGAAUAGUUAAAACCUUGAUAGAAAUUUUAGUACCUAAAGGUGCUGGUGAAGUAGUCUAUAAAAGUAGGUUUGAAGCAGAGUUUACAGGUGGUGAAUUAAUAAUGCCUCGGAAAAAUCCAAAGCCUGAAGAUUAUGAACUAAUGUUUAGUGGCAAUACUGAAGACACUUUCAGACUUGGAAUGACUGUCACAAAGAAAACACUGAAGCUGUAUACAGACUUCUACUCUUCAGACAUCAUAAUCACAUCUCCGCUGGGUCUGCGCAUGAUAGUGGGCGCGGAAGGUGAAGAAGACCGUGACUACGACUUCCUGGCUUCCAUAGAAAUCCUUGUGAUGGACCAGGCCGACGUCUUCCUGAUGCAGAACUGGGACCAUCUGCUGCAUGUCCUCGAUCAUUUCCAUUUGCAGCCGAAAAAAACACACAACACUGAUUUCUCUAGAGUCAGAUCUUGGGCUGUUAAUGGAUGGGCCAAGUAUUACAGGCAAACACUUGUAUUCUCAUCAGUUGCAUUGCCAGAAAUAAAAUCGGUGAUUAACAAGAAAUGCCACAACUACGCAGGAAAAGUUUUCGUUGAAAAUCCUACCGACAUUGGCAGUAUACAACAGGUAUUGGUGCAAGUGCCGCAGGUAUUCCACAGGUUUACAGCAGCCAGUCCACUUGAAUCUGUAGAGGCGAGGUUUCAGUACUUCAUUAAGGAGAUAUUGCCAAAGCAACGCGACACACUCAUGAGCCACACGCUCAUCUAUGUGCCCAGUUACUUCGAUUAUGUACAGAUAAGGAAUUACUUCAAAAAGGAAGAUAUUGGUUUCGUUCAGAUUUGUGAAUAUUCUAAGGAUUCUAAAAUCGCGCGGGCAAGGGACAUGUUUUUCCACACAGAAGCCCACUUUAUGCUGUAUUCAGAGCGAGUUCAUUUCUUCAGAAGAUUUAGAAUAAAGGGCAUAAGACACAUCAUAUUUUACCAGCCCCCUACAUAUCCUCAUUUCUUCUCAGAAAUGUGCAACUUAAUGCAGGCGAUGAACCAGAACAGGUUCGGCGGCAGCGAGUGCAACAUGACGGUGUCGGUGCUGUACUGCCAGUUCGACGCGCCGCGCCUCGCCGCUCUGCUGGGCCACGAGCGCGUCGCUCGCCUCAUGCGCUCCGAUACCAACGUGCACAUGUUUGUCACCGGAGAAAACUGAUCUUAUGUUAAUCACAUGUAAAAAGAUAAAGUCAAAUG